CUUGCCGUGGUCUAGAGGCUCCCCCGGCGCCCAAUGUGGUUAGCUGGUUUUGGGUCUAAGAGGUUCUCCUUUGCCGCGAUGGAUAACGGCGUGGACAGCACUUACACGUUGUGUUAUCCUGCGUUGGCCUUUUUCACCUUUCUGUGCCACCUUUUUUCCACCAUCUUCCACUUUCCUACCAUCGUGCUCGCAGCGACUAGAAUCCUCGGGCAGCCUUUUCUUUCCCUCUUCACCAAUUGCGAACUCGGGUGGUUUCUAAACCAGGCGGCUCCCAUGUGGGCGCAUAACGGUUUUAGCUCCCCUUGUUCCCGAAGCGCGGUUCUCCAACAGACCAAGAGGCACGAAGGCGUUCGUCCGGCCAACAUUCUCAGGAGCCGUUUCAACUAUCCCGUUCGCCGCGAUACUCCAAAGCAUCAAGAGGCACGCUUCGGCGUCUGGCCAACAAUUCGAGGAGCCGGCAUCCGUAACACGCAUAGAAAGUACACUCCCCUCCGGAAACGGUGCAGGAAUCCCUAGAUUCCGAACCCACGCAACCAUAUGUUUUACUUCUCUCUUUGUACAUAAUUUCAGAUCUUUUGAUCCGUGCCCUUGGCGCCUUAUUCGGGCAGCCUACACGUGCACGUUACAUAAAUAUCCAGAACUCACACACACACACCCACACGAAGGGAAAGAGAAAGGUUGGAUGGCGAUCACGCCUCAAAGCGCUCCCGCCUCCCAAAGCAAGUGUGUGCGGCCUGGGUACCUUGCCUUGGCAACCUUUGUACCAGGCAACCUUCGGCCCUGAUCGCAAGUGGCGUUGGGCUGCAGUUUCCAACAAUAUCUACCGAGUUUUUCUCCAUAGAUCUUCAUCACGUUAGGGAUUUAAGUCUUAAAUCCACAGAUUUUGACGAUCUCGCAAGCUCAUGCACGUAGGAUGAUGA